AUGGUCAAGAAGACAAUAUUUGCGGCCCUGGCGAUAGUGCUGUUGGCGGCCGUUGCCACCUUUGUGGGCGUCUUCUUCACCGUGGGGAGAAAGAAGCUCCCAGUUCUGACUGUGUACUCGAAGGCAGCUGUGGCAGCAGAUGCUGGGCCGUGUUCAGAGGUCGGCAGAGAUAUCCUGCUGAAAGGAGGCUCUGCAGUAGAUGCCUCCAUAGCUGCUUUACUCUGUGUUGGACUCAUGAACGCUCACAGUAUGGGCAUCGGAGGAGGACUUUUCUUCACAAUCUACAAUGCAACAACUGGUAAAGUUGAGACCAUCGAUGCCAGGGAGACGGCACCACGCAAUGCAACAGAGGACAUGUUUGGAAACAGUACAGAUUCAGCUCAGAGAGGAGUGUUGUCUAUUGCUGUACCAGGGGAGAUUCGAGGUUACGAGAUGGCACACAGGCGGCAUGGUAAACUGCCGUGGAAAGACUUGUUCCAGCCGAGCAUUGGUCUUGCAGAAAACGGUUUUCCUCUGGGCAGGGCACUCGCCUCUGCUCUGUCCAAAAACAAGCAAACGAUCAUCGAUGACACAGCUCUGUGUGAAGUGUUUUGUGGGAAAGAGGGUGAAGUCCUGAAAGAAAACGAAACCAUUAAAUUUACCAAGCUUGCUCAAACCUAUAAGAGGAUAGCUGAGGAGGGUCCGGAUGCUUUCUACCAGGGAACACUGGCUCAGAACCUUGUCACUGAUAUUCAAACCAAAGGCGGUAUCAUCACAAUGGAGGAUCUGAGGGAUUAUAAGGCUGUCUUGGAUGAGGAUCCGUUAAGUGUGGAUGUGGGGGAGUACAAAAUGGCUGUUCCAAAUGCCCCCGCGAGCGGCCCUGUGCUCUCGCUGAUAUUAAACAUCCUGAAUGGGUACAACUUCACCUCGGACAGUAUGGGAAGCACUGGGAAUAAGAUCCUCACGUACCAUCGCAUCGUGGAGGCCUUUCGCUUUGCUUAUGCAAAGAGGACGUUGCUCGGGGAUCAGAAGUUUCUCAACAUCACCGGUCACAUCCAGAAUAUGACUUCAAGUUUCUAUGCCAACGAGCUGCGUGCAAGGAUCACAGACGAUACCACACAUCCCAUUAAUUACUAUGAGCCGGAGUUUUACGUGCCUGACAACCACGGGACCUCGCACAUGUCCGUGGUGGCAGAAGAUGGAAGCGCUGUGGCGGCCACCAGCACCAUCAACCACUUUUUGGGCUCCAAAGUCAUGUCAGGAUCAACGGGGAUACUUCUCAACAACGAGAUGGACGACUUCAGCUCUCCGCUCAUCACAAACGGCUUUGGAGUGCCUCCUUCACCCAACAACUUCAUCAGGCCAGGGAAAAGGCCGAUGUCGUCUAUGUGUCCAACCAUCCUCUUCGAUAAAAACAACAAGGUGAAGAUGGUGGUCGGAGGCUCGGGAGGAACGAAAAUCACGACUUCUAUCGCUCAGGUAAGACACAAACCUCAUCUUGGUGGUGUUGUUAAGGAACUGCCCGUGGCUGGUGUGUUUGCUGUGUUCCAGGUGAUUCUGAACACACUGUUCUUCAACUACGAUCUGGAAAAAGCUGUGUCACAGCCGAGGCUCCACAACCAGCUGAGUCCCAACGCCACUGUCGCCGAGCCCGCCUUUGACAAAGACGUCCUGAAGGGUUUGGCAUUAAAGCACCACGAGACAGAGUUCCUCAAAUCGUCAGGAGCUGUGGUGCAGGCGGUGGUUCGUCAGGAGGACGGACUCCACGCUCAGUCGGAUCCUCGCAAGUGGGCCUACGCUGCGGGGUACUGACGUGGUAAACACACACCUGUGAUUGUGCAGAGAGACUGUAGCUGUGUGAAUCUCGACUCUGGUGGGAACUGAGAGAUUAGAGAGGUAUCAAAGGGGCAGGGGCCAACCCCUCAGCCGUCUUUGACAACGAUCGUUCUCUCAUCACGUUAGAAUAAUGCUCAUGUACUGCAUAGCAUGCGACUCUGAUAACGCAGCAGAUAACAGAAGAACCAUUGUUUGUUAUGAC